GUCAAACUGUCUGUAUCGUAAAGAUUCAUGAUUUUUCUGUUGCUUUUUUUGGUUUUAAUUUUAGGUUAGGGUUAGGGUUAGGCAUAAGGUUAGCAGUGUGGUUAAAGUUAGGUUUAAAAUCACAUUUGAAAAUCAUACAUUGAAGAAAUAGGCGGGGUUUGUGACUUUGUGGCUGUGGUAAUUAAGGACGACCCUGCACACUGGACUUCACACUCAAAGUUGGGAAUGAGGGGAUGAAUGGUAGUACCGCCAGUAAAAACAAUGGCAUUUAAAAAGGUCCCAGAUUUCUCUCUUAACGGAAAGUAUUGAAAGAGUAAACUAUGGAGACCUUCCUAAUGUUAUUAAACGAGUUGUUUAUCAUCAAGCUUCUUCUUAUGUUUCUCUCCAGCGGACAAGUGUUGGGAGCCUCAUUCUACGGGGAUGGAUAUGUCCAGCUGAGGACUGUGGAGUUAUCCAGCCGAACGUCGCUCCAUGUGCGCUUCCGCACCUCAAGUCACAGUGGACUACUUUUCAUGGCUGCCGGAGAGACAGACUUCCUCCUGCUAGAGCUGCACUCUGGUCGCCUGCAGGUUCAGUUGGAUUUGGGAUCAGGUGAGCGUACCCUCCGCUCUGAGAAGGGGGUUCAUCUGAACGACUUGGCCUGGCACUCUGUGGAGCUCCAACACGACCAGCACAAUGUCACUCUGACGGUGGACCGCCACUCUCACACCAGCGUCAGGAUCCCCGGGCCAGACCUGGACCUCAGUGUCCACGAUGGGUUGUUCGUUGGUGGGACGGUUGGCCUGGACAAACCCUACCUCCAUAGUGACGAUGCCAAAGGCUUCCGUGGCUGUGUGGACGAGGUGCUCUUCAACCAGCACAACUUGCUGUCCAGCCUGCGGCCCUACUCGGGAUAUAAGAGUGUCCAUGAGGUGUCUCUGGGCUGCAGUUCUCAGUUUUCUGCAGGCGAAGACGACCCCAUCAGCUUCUUCAGUUCCAGGGCGUACAUGUCCCUGCCCCCAUGGGACGUCCCUCAGGAGGGGGUGUUGGAGUGUGAGGUACACACCUCCUCCGAAGAGGGGAUCGUCCUGUACAGCUCUGCCCACCAGAGUGACUUUAUCGCCAUGGAGAUCCAAGAGGGGACUUUGGUGGUUGUCGUUGGUAACGGCGGGACUAGGACGGAGCUGCAUUCCCUCACGUUCGUCAACAACCAGAAAUGGCACCGGGUGAAACUACACUUGCUUCCUCACAGCCUGCAGCUGACUGUAGGUGAGGAGAUAGUCAACCACAGCCUAGGGGCUCAUUCCGAGUCCCUGCAGCUCCGAGGCCCUCUCUACAUGGGUGGUGUGGAUGACAGAUCACGUUUAGAAGCCAGGAAGGCCGGCCUGCUGUCUUUCAAUGGGAAGCGGCUGGCCGGUGGAGGAUCCUUCAAAGGCUGUCUGAGAGACAUCCGGGUCAAUGCGCAGAGGAUGGGGCUUCCCCACGCUGUAGUCACCAAAGACAUAUCUGUCGGUUGUGAAUUAGAGAAGCUUCCAGAAGCAAUCACCACCGUGAGCCCCACGGCUGUCCUCUCUGUCACCUUGCCACUAGUCCACCAUCAUGGAUCAGACAGGGACAGGAAGAAGCCGGGUCAGAACUUUCUGGUUCUGAAAGACUUAGUGGUUCCAGAAGGUGGGAAGGCUCUGUUAGAAUCUAAGCACAUCAAGGUGAACCUAGAGUUCCGGAAGCUUGGAAUCCGUCAGUCUCAGAUUAUGUUCCGUAUUGAAGAGCAGCCUGUGCAUGGCCAGCUGAGGCUUGAUGUGGAUCAUUCAGACCAAGACGAGGAUUGGACCUUCAGCAUGCUGGACCUGUGGCAUGGUAGAGUGAUCUACGUCCAUGGAGGCUCAGAAGACCCUCAAGACUUCUUCAUGUUCUCUGUCUUUACCAACAGCAAGAAGGAGAUCCCCUUUUACCUCAAGGGAAACAAACUACACCGCUUCAACAUCAGCGUCACUCCCGUCAAUGACGCUCCCGAGCUCAGCCUCCCUGAGGGAAGUCUCUUCAUCCUCCUGGAGAACUCCAAACGCCACCUUAACAUGGAUGUUCUCAGAGCCACCGACCUGGACAGCAACUCCACAGACCUAGUGUUCACCGUACUGGGGAACCAUAAUGCUGAAGCAGGCUUACUGGAGAACCAGGACUACCCAGGGACAGCCAUCACCACCUUCUCCCAACCCGACCUGGAGGAGGGGAAGGUCAGCUAUGUGCACACGGGAGGGCUGGUGAGGAACUCCCGGAUGGCUGUGAGGGUCAGUGAUGGGGACAAAGUGAGCAACACAGUAGUACUAAGGAUCAUGGCUGUCCAGCUUGAGCACAAGGUGGCCAACAACACAGGGGUGGAGGUGGACCAGGGUGGGGCUGCUGUCAUCAGCAGCCAACACCUGGCUAUGCAGGUCAACGUUGUGAAGCAGGGCUUUGACAUCCGCUAUGACGUGGUGGAGGCACCGCGAUAUGGCGAGCUGCAGCGGCUGCACUCCAGCGGAGAGUGGAAGCCCACCUUUGUCUUCUCACAGAAGCUUCUGGAGAAAGAGCGCAUCAGGUACCUCAACACCUUCCAGGAGAUCAGGACAAGCAAUGUCACAGAUCAGUUCAAAUGCAGGGUCAGUGUGGGCUCAGCAGUGACUGAUGAACUGGUUUUCCACAUCACGGUGCGCUGGAUCCACGUCAAGGUCACCAGGAGUAAGAUGGAGGUCAGCGGUGUGAGGAAAGUCCUUAGCAACGAGGAGCUCUGUGUUGUCUCCAAGGGCAUGAAGCUCCAUGACAGUGAACUUCACUUCAGAAUGCUAUCCCUGCCAAAGAAAGGACAGCUUGUGUUCAAAGACAAAGUCUUAAUGAAAAACUCAACAUUUAGCCAGAAGAAUAUAUCUGACCACAUGGUGAAAUAUGAGGUUACAGGUAGGCCUCAUGAGGACACAAGGGACUCGUUUCGUUUCCAGGUGGUCUCCAAACACGCACAUUCAGGGGGUUACGACUUCAGAAUCAACAUCAAGGCAGAUGUUCAUAGCCUGAUCCUAACAAACAAAGGACUGUCCAUCCUGGAAGGAGAAAGCAAGGUAAUCACCAAGGAUUUGCUGUUUGCUGAAACAGUCGGGGUCAAAGCAGCACUUUAUACACUCACCAGCAGUCCUAAACAUGGCAAGUUAAAGAGGAUCAAUCUCUCUAAUUCUACGUCUAUUAACGAUAACAUCACGGCUUUCACCAAUCAGGACAUCGUAGAGGACCGCAUCAUGUACGUGCACGACGGCAGUGAAACCACGGAAGACGCGUUCACGUUCCACACCACCAUCGCCAAACACACCAAAGCACACAAUCACAAACGCACACACUCCAAAAAAGAAAACACUCACACCAUUGACGACAUCUUCAACAUCUCGAUUGCCCUUGUCAAUGACGAGAAACCGGUCCGCGUUGUCGACAAAGUUUUCCACGUGGCCAGGGGCAGGCAGAGGCUGCUGACGUUAGACGACCUGCGCUACCACGACGCUGACUCAGACUUUGAUGACAGUCAGCUGGUCUACACUAGACGGGGAAUCCCCAUGGGCGACCUGGUCCUAGUAAACGACACAGGCCACAAGCUGUACCAAUUCAGCCAGGAGGACCUGCAGCAGAGGAGGGUGCUGUUCAUCCACAGGGGGGUCAGCUUUGGACGUUUCGUCCUAUUCGUGUCAGAUGGGAAACACUACACAUCCACACUGUUGGAGGUCAUUGCCCAGGACCCCUACAUCCAGGUGGAGAACAGCACAGGCCUGCUGGUCCAGAAAGGCCAUGUGGCCAUCUUGGGUUCGGCCAACUUCAGUGUGUUUACAAACCUGGAUGUCCGAGACGAUGAGGAGGUGGUCUACCAGGUCUUCCUCCCGCCGAGACACGGGCAUCUGUUCCACAACAACGUUAAGGUGGAUCGUUUCACUCAGCAUGAUCUGAAGCUGGGCAGCGUGCAGUAUCGCCAUGAUGACAGCAUGAACCUGGCUGACUCCUUCAACUUCACGGUGAGCGUUAAAGAGGUGCGUCUGGACGCCAGCAUUGGGGUGAGAGUGUACCUGGAGAGCCACCAGCAGCCCCCCACUGUACUCUACAACCACAUUGUAGUGGUGGAGGAGGGCAAGUCUGUCAAGAUCAACAGAGGAGACCUGGAGGUAACCCAUAAGGACAGCCUCCCCUCUGAGAUAGUGUACAAGGUGAAGACGGCUCCAUCCCACGGGUUCCUCCGUAGGUCAACCCAGGGAGAGGACAGACCCUACCAGGGUAGCAGAGAGGAGACCAUCCAAUCCUUCUCCCAGGAGGAUGUCAACAUGGGACACAUCCAGUACCUCCAGGUUGAUUCAGACCAGACCCACGACUCCUUCCUUCUGGACGCCUCCAACGGCAUCACAGUGGUCCAUGACAUCAGGGUCUCCGUGGACAUCAUCCCAAUCCACAUCCCUCUCAAUGUCUUCAACGUGACCUUGGAAGAAGGGUCAUCCACGGCCCUGACCAAGGAGGUCCUACAGGUCACCAACAGACACUUCUCUCAGGUUGAUUUCUUCUACCAUGUAUCUGAGCCGCCAAGCCAUGGUCAUAUUGAACACGCACGCAUUCCUGGACUCUCCAUUCCUUUCUUCACACGCAAACAGGUGGAUUCAGGGCAUAUUUAUUAUGUCCACGAUGGAAGUGAUACACUGUCAGAUAACUUCACCAUUAUCGCCAACGACACAGACACCAGAAAGCACAGCCAGCCCUGCAUGGUGUUCGUCCAUGUGACGCCUGUCAACGAUGAGGCCCCAGUCAUCACAGCCAACAGGAUUCUACGGGUGUGGGUGAACUCAGUCACAGAGAUCAGUGUAGAUGACCUGAGUGCUGAGGACAGUGACUCUCCACCGGAGGACCUAGAGUUCAUCGUGACCCCGCCUAGUAAUGGUCACCUGGCCCUGAAGAGCGCCCCCUCCAGACACAUCCUCAACUUCACCCAGACACACACCCUCCACGGACAGCUGGUGUUUGUCCACAGUGGUGCCUUGUCCGGAGGUUUCCACUUCCAGGUCAAUGAUGGGGUGAACUUUGCCCCCCGACAGAUCUUCAGCACCACGGCACGCUCCCUGGUCCUCAGCCUGGAGCGGAACCACGCCCUCACAGUGUUCCCAGGCUCUGUGAAUACCAUCUCUCAGAAUAACCUUCUGGUGGUUACCAACGACAACGGUGACAUGGGAGGGAACCACUCCAUCCUUUACAGUGUUACCAGUCCUCCAAAGCUGGGGAGACUGCUCAGAAAACAGACAGACAACUCUACUGCAGAGAUCUCCUCCUUCACACAAGACAUGGUGAAUGAGGGUUCGAUUAGUUAUGACCAAACCCAUCCUGAAUCGUUGGGAUGGAUGACUACAGACUCCUUCACUUUCACAGUGUCUUCGUCCCCUGUCUCUCUUCAACCUCAAGUCUUCCACAUCCAUAUCUCCUAUGAGCAUGCUCCUGCAGAGCGCAACACCAUCCUCACUGCUAACACUGGUGCUGUUGUGACUGAAGGUGGCAGAGUGGUGAUUGACAAGAUGCAGCUGGAUUCCUCUAACCUGCUGGGCAAGCUGUUGGAACCCCAGCGACGUUCCUACGAGGUCUGGUACCACGUCACCUCUCUACCCCAGCACGGCAUAAUCACCGUGGGAGAACGCAACCUGACCAGCGCCAAACCCAACUUCUCCCAGUUCAUCCUGGAUAAGUUUGGAAUCACAUACCAGCACGACGACUCCGAGACAACCCAGGACUUCUUCACCUUCGAGGUUUGGCUGAACCGUAAGGGCCAGCCUCCCCAGAGACCCUCAGAGCCCAGCCUGAUAAUAACAGAGUCGUUUGACCUCACAGUGACCCCUGUCAAUGACCAGCCGCCCCUGCUCCGGACCAAGGCCCCCAGUCUGAGGCUGGUGCAGGGGGACACAGUGGUCAUCAGCCCUGAGAACCUCCUGGUGGAAGACCUGGACACCCCUCCAGAAGAGAUCCAUUACAAGGUGAUCAGCAAACCCAUCAAUGGCUUCCUGUCUCUAGGAGAGCAGCUGAAUGAGACAGUGUCUGCCUUCACCCAGGCGGACAUCAACCAUGGCAGAGUCCACUUCAGCCAGGACGGAGAACCCUCUUCAGGGGUGUUCUAUUUCAGUGUGACUGAUGGGUUCCACCGACCGCUAUACAAGCUCUUCAACCUGGAGGUCACCGCAGCAACCGUCUCCAUGGUGAACAACACAGGAUUGAGGCUGGUGCAGGGUCAGACAACCGCUACAUUGACAACAGAACACCUGGCUGCAGAGACCAAUGGGAGACACAGUGUGACGAUUCACUAUAGAGUGACCACACCACCACAACACGGCAGUCUUCUCAUGUCCGACCUGCCAGUCAGUGAGUUUAACCAAGAGGACCUUCACUCAUGUAGACUGUCCUAUCACAUGACGGACCUCACCUCCUCCUCGGACAGCUUUGAGUUCACAGUCUCGACCCCGGAGAGCAACAUGACCGCUCAGACGGUCAAUGUCACGGUCCGGCCGCUCAUCCAUUUCAGCGAGCGCGUCCUGAUCCCCAGUGGCAUCGCCGUGAAACUGAGGAAGGACUAUCUGGACGCCACAGACCUCGCCACACUCAGCGGCAGCGACCCUGUCUUCCACAUCCUGUCCCCGCCCAAACACGGCAAGCUGGUCAAGGUGACCUUUGACCUAUCGGACGGCGCCAAUCACUCGGUGGAGUCGUUUACCUUCCGGGACGUGGUGCAGGGCAGGGUGGCCUUACAGGAGACCCUGGCACAACAAAGACACAGCAACAACAUCGCCGAUCAAUCAACAUCUUUACUGUCCCAAUUAGGGACCGCCGACCACAACACAACAGAGAUCCAUGUGUCCAUGCUCAAUGACUCCUUUUCAUUCCUUCUGAGGGCGGAUAAUGUUCAGCCGGCUGUAGGAGAGUUUUUAUUCACCAUCGUGCCAUACGAAGAGAGUUUAAACCACACGACCAGGUCACCUGGGCGCAAUCGAACCACAGGCGGCAGAGGGACUACAAUCCACUCUGCCACCCACCCUCACACCACAAACCACAAGACCCACAACAAGACCCUACAGAAGCAGUUCAAAGCCCGUCACCAUUGGGGGAACCAGACCCGCGGAGGUCACCCCAUGAUCCCCAUCGUCCCUGGAAACACCCAUGGGAAACACAACAUCCACGGCCCCCACAGAAUCACUCCAGUUCUGGUAGAGUCCCUGCCCCGGCCGGCCUCCGACCCCCUGCUGCUCAUCCUGCCCUUCCUGGCCUGCCUGCUGCUCAUCGUCAUCCUGGUGGUCCUGAUCCUGGUGCUGCGCCACCGCAGGGAGAAGAGGGCCUUAUCCAGAGGGCUCAUCCAGGAGCUGGCGGCUGCAGCCGGAGAUGGAGGCCCAGAGGGGAGCCCCUACCUGGGCAGGCCGGAGAGGAGCAUUGCGGUCCCCUCAGUGGUGGUUACUCCGCUGCUGGGCCCUAAUAGUUGCCCCAGUACUCCGGUCCUCAAUGUGCUGCGUAGGGGAACACUGGCUCCACGUGACCCUUGUCUGCUGCUCUGGGCGGUAGAUGCUGUUCCUGAUAUGGUUCAGGACCAGCACUGUCAACACCCCGAGCCCACUCUGAGAGACAACCAGUACUGGGUGUAAUGGAUCCACAGCUCAUACCCCUACAUUGAAACAGAGAUACUAACUAAACUUUAUACUAUUGAGUAACUAUUGAGUACCCCCACACCUACUCUGAGAGACAACCAGUACUAUGUCUGAUUGAACCCAUACAUACCCUGAAACACAGAGACUUGGUUUAACCUUGCACCCAAUAUACUGUAACUAUUGACUACUGAUGUUUGCAUUCCAAUGUUGGUGCUGUUUUCUGGUUUCAUUGUGAACUUGAUUUUUGGUCCUUAUAUAGAAAGUUCUUAAUUGGUUCUACAAUUCACCCUGUUACAAUGUUUUAUUUGUGGCAGGUUACUAUUUUACUUUGGUUUUAUUGGGAUUUUAUAUUUUAUACGUUAUUUGACCAAUUCGUUUUGCGCCAAGAUGUUUCAUUAUAACUUUUCACAAUGGCUUGAAAAACCUGUCUGUUUGUUUCAGGCCAGUAAACUGUUUAUUUUUUUAGAGUAGUUGGAUAAUUCUAUUACAGUAUUUAUGCUUCCAGUUUUAUAAAAGAUGUAUGUUUCAGUUUGCGGUUACAUUAUGUAGUUUACAUUAAUCUGACUAAUGUAGCAAUUCAACUUGUCAGUGGUUAGAAUAACCAAAGGAAUAGAUAUAGCAACAGCCAUUUAUAGAUGCACAUGUACUGUAUAUACACAUCUGCUUGUAGCUUGAAACAGGAACUGAGACUACAUUAAAUCUGUUUUCAAGGAAGUGCCUUUAGUUUGAAUGCAGUCAGUCAGCCAUGAUGUUGUAAUGGUCACAAUGUCUUCUAGUCUGGUUAGGAACAAUAGACCAAAUACUUGACUAACACACUUUUUUGUUGUAAAUAAUUAUCCUGAAAUGCAUGUCUUCACUCAUUAUCCAGUAUUUUAUAACCAAAUGAUAACUUAAACACGCCUGUUCAUCACGCACGCAUGUCAUGCCUGAGUCAGUGUUUCCAUUGGCUAGUAAAUAUGCAGCCCACUAUUUCUAUAAAAAGACUUGACACACUCUCUUUGUUUGUAAAUAAUGCAUGUCUUCAUCCAGUCUUUUUGUAAUGAAAUGAUAACUUUAUCAUGCCUGUGCUUCGGGCAUGCCAAACCCCAAUCAGUGUUUUGAAUGUCUGAAUACAAAGUACUAAACAUGUAAAUAAAUACAGUAUGCAGUCAAAUAUUUCUAUGGUAAUAAAGAUGAGCUAUAAUGAGAACACAUA